AUCUCAGAUACGUUGGUAACUCAAAAUUUCAUUUGGAGAAGAUAAUGUUAUUACGAAUAAAAUGGUUCUGAAAAUCGACGACUACGGAUUUUCUGUCCAACUAUGAACAUGUGGAUUUUCGUUUUUGUAAUUUUCGCCUGCUAAGUACUUGUGUCUUGACAAAUAUUAUUGAAUUGAAUGUUAAUAAUUAAAUAGACGUUAAAAUACAUUUUCAAAAUUAUCAACUAUCCCUGAUAAGUGUUGAAACGGAUUAUUAAAUCAAUUAACCGGCUUGGCAAUUGAGAAUUAUAAUAAAACCUUUGAAUUAUAAUAAUAUCAAUGCUUUUUAUGGAAAUUGAUUUGAUCAAAUUUGAUAUGAAUAUUGCUUGUUGAUAAAAUAUUAACACACAGUAAAAAUUAUUAAUUAUGAGGACUCCUUCGGAAUUUCAGCCAAAUCUUUUUUUGAAAAAGGAUUUAGUCAAAGACGCUAUUCAAUUAACAAUUAGAGUUAAAAGAAUGAAGCAACAUUUUAUUUGGGGGACUAUUAAUGCUUUAAUAUUGUCCAUGCUUGCUUAUGAUUUAUUGGUCUUGCCAUAUUCCUGGUAUACUCCGUGGUGGCGAUUUGUUGAGUCAGUGUCAUCAAUAGUAGUAAUAUUUAGUCUUUUGUAUCAUUCAUUAUCCCUUACAAAGUUAUGGAUGACUACUAAUGCCUUGCAUUUAUCACCAGAACAAUUUCAAACUAUUGGAUUAUCAAACUCUUACAUAAAAUUAAAAUCACCAGAUUCUUCAUCAAGUAUUGUAACACCCCCUGCCACCACUAGUACUCCGAUUAACUGGACAUCAAACAAAUGGAAAAAUCCACAAUUUCGAAUUUCACCUGACAGUUUUGGACAAGAAAAACCAAAUAAAAGUUCAAAUAAGUACAUAAUUAAUACUAAUGAUGAAAAUAUAGAAGAUAUAUCUGCCUUAGAACAAUAUUUAAAGGAUUAUGAAAAUAGAAAUAGCUUUUCUCUUUCUGAACGUGAUUCUGAACAAAGAAGUAUGUCACUUUGGGAGCGUUCAGGUGGUUCAAAUAUAUCCAUUUCAUCAAUGCUACAAAAUUCCAUAUACCAAGUUGCUUCUUCGCCUGAACAGUCAAAAUCUGAAUUAAAUGAAAGUACUUCAACUGUAGCAAUGGCUUCGGAAGUAUGGCGUAAAUUUAAAGUUGAUAAUAAUAAAGUUGAAAGAUGGUCUGUUAAUUUAAGAACAUGGAUUUCAAAAACAAUUGUUUCUCGAUUAGUAAAGGAAAUAGAAAAUGUUGAUCGUGCUUUAUACAAUCAAGGAUUUGUAGAUGUUUCAAUAGGCAGUGUUGGUUUGGAAAGACUUAAAAAAACUGCACAUACAGUUCAAGUUGCUCAAACUAUACCAAGUUUAUUGCACAUUAUUCCAUAUUUUGAAAUAUCUGCAAAUCAAGAAUAUUUAGUACAACGUAUUAGAGAAUUAGCUAAAGGUCCUUGUUUAACGGAGUAUCGAUGGAAUUCUGGUGGCACAUUUAAGGGGAAAGAAUGGAAUAACGAAUUACCAUCUGAUGCAGUGUUGGUGAUGCAUUUAUUGGCAACAUACUUAGAUUCUCAAUUAUCUCCAUUAACACGUUUAAAAGGAAAAAACCCAUUUUCUAUUCAACAUUUUGUUAAAUAUCCAGAAAAAGUCAAAUCUGUUGAUAAGCAAGUUAUUAUUUAUCAACAAUCAAAUAUUCCACCUCAUUAUAGUUUAAAAAUCAAUAAAGAAACUCACAAUUUUCCAAAGGGUCGAAAUAAUUUUUUCUACACAAUUUUAUUGUUCCUACAUUAUAUAAAAACGACUGAAAAUGGAUUGUUGGAAAGUGUCAAUCUAGGAAAAUCUGGUGUAAAUAUGCUCUGGAUUUUAGAAUAAAUUCAAGUGUAUUGUUAAGUUAUUAUUUAAUGCUUGUAAUAUACCUACAUUUUUUAAA